GGAGGCGGGCAGCCGCGGCGCCCGGCGGCUCAGGUUUUGCUGGAUACUCAAAAACGUUAUUAGAAAACAAUGUCCCUUGACUUUGAUAGUGGAGCUCUACAAACUCAACAUGAAGAUGAAGACUAUGACCAAGAGGAUUAUGCAAGAGAACAAGAGUUGCAACAACUAUUGACAGACCUUCCCCAUGAUAUGCUGGAGGACAGUGUAGACCAGGUCUCCAGCUAUUCGGACUGUAGCAUUCAGGAGACUGAGGAGCAAUCACAUGAGCCUAGGAAGCAUGAUGGAAGGUGGAACAAUCAUCCAUUGAUAAGUGAUCCUCAAAAUGGUUAUGAACAAGGACAAAAUCUGUACCCUGAACAAUUCUUGUGUGACCAGCAAAAUGAUCAUGUUGAAAAACAUGGAAAGAAUUGGAAUGGCCUACAUAACGAAGAAGAGAAGAAACAUUUAUAUGAUGUUAAAGAAGAUUACUGUGGCCAGAACGGUCAAGAGGAUCCUGAUGAUGUGUAUCUUGGUAGAGAUGGGUUUAAUGCUCCAAGUUGCUACCAACAGAACAAUGUGUAUCAUCUUCCUGAAAACUUCAGGCCAUAUACAAAUGGCUAUAAACCAGAAUUUAACCAUCAGCAAAGUAAAAUAAUAAAUUUUCCAGAUGCUCCAAAGGAACAUCUUAAGCAAUUUGUUGCAUCUGAUGUUGUCAGUGGCCCAUCACCAGAAUCUUACAAAGUGACUUAUAAACCAUACCAAAAUGGCAUUCAUCAAAAAAUUCCACUAAUCCAAGACGGAACCAGAACAAAUGAAGUGUUUGAAGAGUUGCAACAUGAAUUCUUGGGCAAUGAUGAAAAUUCUUCAGAAAAUAUGCAGAUUCUUCAACUUCAAGUUCUAAAUAAAGCAAGAGAAAGACAAUUGGAAGAACUUAAUGAAAAGCUAGAAAAGAGUGCCCAGCAGAUUAGGUAUUUGAAUCAUCAGCUUUCAGUGGUCAAAGAUGAAAAGGAUGGUUUGGCUGUUAGUCUUCGUGAGUCUCAAAAACUCUAUCAGAACGGAAAGGAACGGGAAGUGCAUCUUGAAGGUCAGAUAAAGGCCCUUGAAACUCAAAUUCAGACUCUUACUACCAAUGAGGAGCAGAUAUUGAAGCAAUCCAAAGUGGCAGAGGUAGCCAUGGAAAGCAUGCAGAAGCAGCUGUUAGAACUUCAGCGAUCAGAUGCCCUUCAGCGAGCCAGAGAACAACACGAGGCCAUUAUUUCAGCACUCAAGCAGAAGUAUGAAAAGCAAGUAUUAUCAUUAGAGCAGAAACUUGAGACUACAAAAUCUGCACUCCGAGAGCAGAAAGAGGUCUGCAAAAAUCUAGGAGAGCAUAUUAAGCAACUUGAAAAAAUGCGAGAAACCAAAUGCGAAAAAACCGAAAUAAUAAAUCGACUGACAAGAAGCCUAGAGGAAAGCCAAAAGCAAUGUGCAAAUUUACUGCAAACAGGCUCGAUGCAGGAGACAAAUCAGUUGCGGUUUCAGUUGCAACAAGCUCAGUCUGCGCACAUGAUAAGCAAUAACAUGAACAAGGCUUUGCAGGAAGAAUUAAUGGAACUGAAGGAAGAAAUAGCUUUGUAUGAAUCUGCUGCCAAGCUUGGAGUAUUUUUGAAUGAUGCGGGUGGAGAGCUGCAUACGAACCUGGGUGAUUCCUAUGUAGAUUUGGGAAUUAAAAAAAUCACCGGGAAGAAACCACGGUUCUGCAGUGCAAUACAGAACAGAGACAUGGAUAAAGAGCUCUCUAAAGAUGAAAUUAUUGUCGAAUUAAAAGCUGAGCUGGAACGUUUAUUGAGCAGUAAUAAAAUGAAGAGAAACCAAAUUACUCAAUUACAAAAUGAUCUUAAAGAUUGCCAGAAGACAUUGGAGGAAUACAAGCAGUUGUUGAAAGCAGAAAAAGCAUCAAAAGAGUCAGAGCCUGUCACAAAUCUGAAUGAUAAGUCAGUGUCUAGUCCUUCGGUUUCUGAUAAUCUUAAGGAAGAAGUUCUGCGACUCAGAAAGGCUAAUGAAACUUUGCUGCAAGAAGUUGAGAACCAUGCUUCGACUAUUGAAGAACUGAAGGAAAAUGAGGAAAAACUGAAAAGCUUAAAUCAAGAUCUCUGUUGUCAGAUGAGAAAGAUGGUUCAGGAUUUUGAUCAGGAUAAACAAGAAGCCAUUGACAGAUGUGAAAGAACUUAUCAGCAACAUCAUGAGGAUACAAAAGCACAUUUUGUGAAAGACCUGAUGGAGAGGUAUGCUGCAGAAAAACAGCAGCUUAUUCAAACUUAUGAAGAGACAAUCUCGCAGUUAAAGGCUAACAUAGAGGAGCUGAACAGAGAGAUGACUGCAGUGAAGGAAUGUUACAUCGGAGUCUGUGGGGAGAAGGACACCUUGGAAGCUACUUUAAGGCAGAAAUUUGAGCAAGAGCAGCAGCUCAAGGAAGAGAAGCUCAAGAAACAGCUACUAGAAGAAAAAGAAGACUCUCUUAACCUUCUGAGGACUGAGCUUGAAGAGAAACACAGCAGUUCUAUGAUAGCAGCAAAGAGGCAGUGGCUGGAAGAAAAAGAACAGCAGGUUGAAGAGGAAGUUGCAUUAGCCAAAGUUCACUGGGAGAAGGAAGAAAAAGAGAAUAAAGAACAAGUCUUUGCAAAAAUAGAAGGAGAAUGGCAAAGUAGGCUGGAAGAAAUGAGAAGAACUGUAGUUGAAUGUAAUGACUGCAGCAGCCAAACUGACCGAGUAACAGUUGUGGAUGAAGCUUCAGCUGAAGAGUUAGAAGGGAUUGUUGAAGACCAGAGGCUGCAGAUCCAGAAGGCUCUGAAAGAAAAUAUGGCCUCUGAAGAGGCCUUAAAAGAAUUUGAAAUAGAACUGGAAAAUAAAUACCGUAAAAAUCUUGCCAGCCAGGUAGAUGCAGCUUUAACCCAAGCUCAUGCCAGGUGGCUGCAAGAAUUAACAGACCUCAAAGAGUACAAAGUAAAUCUAAAGAUAGAAAAAGAAAAAUGGGAGAAAGAGCACAAAGAGACUGCAGCAAAGCAGUUAGCCCUAGUUCUCUCAGCUGCUGAAGAGAAAUGGAAGAAAGAAUAUGAGAAUACAGAGAAAUCUGGACCAAGAAUGAAAGAACUUGAAGAAAAGGUAGUUUCUCUCAAGAAGGAAUUGGAGCUAAAGAAAGAAGAAAUCCCUGCAGCUAUCAAAGCAGAACUAGCAAAAGCCCGUGCUCAGUGGAACAAAGAAAAGCAAGAAGAAAUCCUGCAGAUACAAGAGCAAAAUGAGAGAGACUACCGAUCAUUCUUAGAUGAUCAUAGAAACAGAAUUAAAGAGGUACUUGCAACAGCAAAGGAGGAUCUUGCAAAGCAGAAGAAUGAUCUCUCCAUUCAGAAACAGGCAGAAAUAAAGAUGUUACUAGACCAAAAGCAGCGAGAAUGGGAGGCUCAGGAAACAAAGAGACUGCAGGACAAAAUUAAUCGGUAUGAGGAGGAGACUCUGGUUGAGCUUGAGUACUUGUUGAGUGAAAUCCAUGAAGAACUAGUCAAGUGCACACAGAGUAAGCAUUCUUGGAAGGAUAAGCGUUCUGAUGCUCAUGUUCAAUUAAACCGUCAAUGCAAAGACAAACUGAAGGCUUGCUUACAAAAGGCCUACAGAACCACAGUUUACACAAUUCUGGAAAAGAAAGAGCAAGAAUGGAAAGAGAAAUAUGAGGAGUUAGUGAGUACUGUAAAUAAAGAAGCAUAUUCUUGCCUGCAACGUGGUGAAGGAGAAACUGGAGACAUGGCAAAACCUCCUGUGUACAGUGUUGGACACCAAGCAGAAGCACAAAGGAAGCUAAGGAGACAGCCGCCCUUGCAGGAAACUGGAACAGACAAAGGUCAGAAAUGUACAAAAAGGAACCUUGGGUCUCAGGAAGACUUUUGCUGUGAACACUGCUGCCAGGAGCUUGAAAAAAGAGAGGCUGUGUGCCAGGACUUGAAAAGAGAGCUGGAGAUAGCCCGCAAACAUCUUCAGCUUGCUGUGAAAGAACAUGAAGCUAAGUCAGAGCAAAUCCAAGAAAAUGAGAAGGUUCUAGAAGCUCUAAUUGCAGAAAAUUCUGAAAUGAAGACUAAACUGAAAGACCUGGGAACAGCAACAAGGUCACUGUCAAAGGGAGGUGUCUCAAAACCUUGUACAUCCUGUGACUCUGUGAAAGGGCUGGAAGAAGUGCGUGCUCAGUACAUUAAAGCUGUGAGCAAGAUUAAGUGCGAUAUGCUUUGUUAUAUCCGUGAAAGUAAGGAGCGAGCCGCUGAAAUGAUUAAAGUGGAGGUUUUAAGAGAGCGCCAAGAAACGUCACGGAAAAUGCGUAAAUACUAUUUGACAUGCCUUCAACAACUUCUUGCUGAUAAUGGGAAACAUGAAGGAGCUGAAAAGAAAAUAAUGGAUGCUGCCAGUAAGCUUGCUACAAUGGCUAAAGGACUUGAAACGCCUCUUCGACACAUUCCCCAAAGCAAAUCUACCCGCUCAGCUCUGCUAUUAAAUUCUGAUCUACUGCCUGGAGCAGAGUACUCAAAAAGAGAUUGCAUGCUUCAGACUAGGUCAAACCAUAUGGAAAGCAAAUCGUGUGGUGAAAGCAUUACCGAAAAAGCCAAUGAUAAAGUUGUCCAGAAACGUGUGCCACGUGACUUGAGACAGCAGUUUGAUGCAGUGCAGACUGAAACUCAACAUAUGCUUCAUGAAACAGUGACUUCAAAUAUUCAGAACAGGAAUAAUUCUAAAAAUCUGGAUGGUGCUUCAAGAGAUGCUUUGCCAGAGUUUUAUCCAAAUGAAGAUGGAAGAAGAGAAAAAUAUGGCUCCAUCAUAAAUGUAGAAGAAGGACUCUUGUGUGCUGCUAGUAAUAUAGCACAUCAGAAUGCUCCUCCAUCUGCUUUUCAAGUAACAUUAGAAAAUAUGAAUGCUCCUAGCUUUACAAAUGGCCAUACCAUCUCUGGGCCAACUCAUCAUAUGCUUAAGAGCAAGAAUGAAAGAACAGUCUUGAAAGAGGAUAAAUGUAUCCAGUCAUGUGGAAAAUGGAAAACUAAAUCUAAAAGAACUCAGGAAUUUGAUUUUCAAGAAACUCCAGAAAGAGAUGAAGGAAGCUGCAGUGAAUGGAGUUCUGUGAAUGGAAGCCUGCAUCUGGGUUGUAGUGAUAUGCCUCUCUUGUAUCCUGAACAAAAAGCCAGUACUAAUGUGCACGCACAGACUGCUUACUGUGAAGAGUUUCAUCGCAUCAGGUCAUUUUCCCCUGCAGAUGAAAAUGUUGUUACUUCUUGGAGAGACGCUUCUAAUGGUAAUAGCAAGAUUCUCGGCACAAAAAGCAGCACUGAAGUUUACAGUAGAGGCCACCUUAUAACAAACCCAGAGCAUACUUCAUUACUGAAUUCUGACAAAUCAAAUUCUGCUGUCACACAACUCAAUGUAUUGCCAGAUUCAAAUGUAGGAAGAUGCUGCAACAAAUGCUUGGAAAAAAAUGGUGUGGGAUCCCCAGUCUCUUCAGCAAGAUAGUGGUUUUGAUAGCCCACUUUCUAACUUGAACAGAUACGAGCAAUUCCUUGUUUGAAGGAAAAAAAAAAAUAAUUAGAUGUUUAAAUAAAAGUGUGAAGACUGGGGAAAACCUGUUCUGCUGUGUCCAUUUCAUGAUCAAUGUGACACAAUUCGAAUGUUAUGUGAAGAAAUUCUAUAAAGUUAAUUGAAAUAUUAAUGCUGACUUUUUUAACCUUUGUAAUAACACUUUCAUAAUUGUUUAUAGUGUAUUAUAUAAAAAUUUAUUAAAUAGCAUCUAUUUUUAUAUUAAGUUUAGCUUGCAGUGUUUAUCUAAAAGCUACUGUAACUUGUGGUAAUCUUUUUAAAUGGUUAUGAAAAUUCCUUCAGAGCUCAAUGAGAGAUGUUUUAGGAUUUGUUUGAAGUAAGUAUUUUAAUUGACUUUUUUCCAUUUUGAAGGACCCCCUGUAAGCCUCUGUGUGCAUCCCCAUAAUAAAAGCAAAAAUAAUUGCA